CGGGGGCGGGGCGGUCACGUGCGCCCGAGGGGGCGAGGCCCCAGGCCGGCUGGGGAGUGAACUUAGCCGGCGAGGUGGCUGAGAACAUUUUCCAGGACGAAAACGCCUUGAGGGGACCCGAGGCAGGAGGGACCAGGAGCGGUCUGAAGCGUCUGCGGCCGACCUGGGGGCAGCGAGCUCCGCGAGUGGCGACAGAGAGUCACAAGAAAAAGUGGGCGCAGGAGCUUGGGGUGAGCGCGGGAGCCCCACUGGCGCCUUUACGUUGUCUCGGAUCUGUUUCUUCUGUGGUAGGUGGUGGCAAAUGUCCCAUCCCCUCUAGGGGACCAGCCAAGGCCACUGUCUGUUAAGACCGCUGCAGUCCUCAGCACCUGUCCAGAGCUCCAGGGGAGGCUGUGGUCAUGGUGAAUGAAGGUCCCAGCCAGGAGGGCAAUAACACCCCAUCCCCGGAGUCCGCACUCCAAGCUGACCUCAGCGUCCCGACCCAGCCUAGCAUCUCGGCCCAUCCCAGCGUCUCCAUCCACCCCAGCGUCUCGGCCCACCCCAGCGUCUCCGUCCACCCCAGCGUCUCGGCCCACCCCAGCAGUUCGGCCCACCCCAGUGCCUUGGCCCAACCUGGCGGCUUGGCUCAGCCUAGUGGCUCUGGCCCUGAGGACCUCAGCGUGAUCAAGGUGAGCAGGCGCCGUUGGGCUGUAGUCCUGGUAUUCAGCUGCUACUCCAUGUGCAACGCCUUUCAGUGGAUCCAGUAUAGCUCCAUCAAUAACAUCUUCAUGCACUUCUACGGGGUCAGUGCCUUUGCCAUCGACUGGCUGUCCAUGUGCUACAUGCUGACCUACAUCCCUCUGCUCCUGCCAGUGGCCUGGCUGCUGGAGAAAUUCGGCCUGCGCACCAUCGCCCUCGCCGGCUCUGCGCUCAACUGCAUAGGGGCCUGGGUGAAGCUGGGCAGCCUGCGGCCACACCUCUUCCCGGUCACCGUGCUGGGCCAGGUCAUCUGUUCCGUGGCCCAGGUCUUCAUCUUGGGCAUGCCCUCCCGCAUCGCGUCUGUCUGGUUCGGGGCUAAUGAGGUCUCAACAGCCUGCUCCGUGGCUGUCUUUGGCAAUCAGCUUGGAAUUGCCAUUGGGUUCUUAGUGCCUCCUGUUUUGGUACCCAACAUCAAAGACCAGGACAAACUUGCCUACCACAUCAGCAUCAUGUUCUACAUUAUAGGAGGUGUGGCCACUCUCCUUUUCAUCCUUGUCAUCAUCGUUUUCAAGGAGAAGCCUAAACAUCCCCCCAGCAGGGCCCAGUCCCUGAGCUAUGCCUUGGCGUCCCCUGAUGCUUCAUACUCAAGUUCCAUCAUUCGGCUCUUCAAAAACCUCAACUUUGUGCUGCUUGUCAUCACCUAUGGUCUGAAUGCUGGUGCUUUUUAUGCCCUGUCUACUCUGCUGAAUCGCAUGGUGAUCUUGCACUACCCGGGGGAAGAAGUGAAUGCUGGAAGAAUUGGCCUGACCAUCGUCAUUGCAGGAAUGCUCGGGGCUGUGAUCUCUGGCAUCUGGCUGGAUAGAUCCAAAACCUACAAGGAGACGACCCUGGUGGUCUAUAUCAUGACUCUGGUGGGCAUGGUGGUAUACACAUUGACCUUGAACUUGGGACACCUAUGGGUAGUGUUCAUCACUGCUGGCACAAUGGGCUUCUUUAUGACUGGCUAUCUUCCCCUGGGAUUCGAGUUUGCGGUGGAGCUCACGUACCCAGAAUCAGAAGGCAUCUCCUCUGGCCUCCUCAACGUGUCUGCACAGGUAUUUGGGAUCAUCUUCACCAUCUCCCAGGGCCAGAUUAUUGACAACUAUGGAACCAUGCCUGGAAACAUCUUCCUAUGUGUGUUCCUUUUCCUCGGAGCAACCCUCACUGCAUUCAUUAGGGCAGAUCUUCGGAGGCAGAAAGCAAACAAAGAAACCCCUGAGAAUAAACUCCAGGAGGAGGAGAGCAAUACAAGCAAAGUGCCCACUGCUGUGUCUGAGGAUCACCUCUGAGAGAAAAACAUGGCGGUUACUCGGGAAACCUGGAGGACUUCUCGCCUCUUCCUUCAGCCUAGCUCUCAUCUCAGCACAGAGGUCUUUGCUGGAGAAGCUUUGGCCAGGGAACUGGCUAGAAUAUCUGUGACUUAGACGUUGGUGCCUGUGCCUCCUGGAACCCACUAGAGAGCUUGGGCGGUUUAGUUGGGAGAAAGCUCACCUUCACCAAAUGCAGAUUUGAUUUCUGCCCCCUCCCCUUUUAGAUUAUGGGACCUGGUGCUAGGAGAGGCUGGUGAAGGCUCUUGGAGUUAAUCCCACGUUGAUCCUUGCUCUCCCUCUUUACCUUUAUCCUUCAUGGAGAAUGCUUGCAAGAUUAUCAUGGGAAGAAAGCUUAUCGGGAUAGGAUUUUUUUCUAGUGUUUUGAAACUCAUGUGAAGCUCAGUCCUAAGCAGCAGCAAGCUACUGGGCCUGAGGUCACUCCUGGUCACCAGACUGCCUGGCUGCUCAAGGUCUGUGGGACAGGGAGCACCAUCAGAAAGAAGACUCCGUCGGAACGGCUUUAUUAGAACCAUGUCAUCAGGACUCCUGGGCCUACAUUCCUCUGGCCUAACCCUCUUUCUUAAAAGCUGAUCGAACCAAACAUCAAUAAACUUGAGAAACCUUGGCUGUGACCAUGAAGGACAAAUCGGUCUGGGAGGGUUAACCACUCGGUUGUGAUGGUACGGGGGGGGGGCGCUACCUCCUCAGUGGGCUUAUGGGGGUCUGUGAUUGGGGACUCUGGUACCUUGAGUUGGAAUGGGAAGGUUUUAUCCUACCAAAUUCUUGCCCAGAAACUGUUGUGUGCCAUGGUCACCUCUGCUGUCUUUGUCUGGACGCCCCACUGGGAGAGUCAGCCAUGGACCUAAGUGCCUGUUUUACCCCGAGAGAGGGCAAGCCCAGACAACUGACUCUAACCUUUACUGAAAAGUAAUCUCCAUUCACUCCACUCUGACAAGUCCAAAGCUGCUUCUGAGAUGAGAGGAAAGGGGUAGGAGGAAAGGCAUCCUUGAGUUAGGCAUAUCCUGCCAUUGAAGGGGACAGUAUUUGCACACUCAGACCCUUUCUCCAUGCCCUUCUAGUAAUAGUAAUUUUAUUCAAAUGGAAGAUUCCCUUUCAACCACCUCAAGCUGACCUUUUUUCCCCAGCCUACUGUCUGGCUCUCCUCUAGGUUUUAAUAGUGUAUCCUGAAAAUAAGAGAAAUUUGAGUAACUGGCCUUGUGCACUGAGCAGCCACAGUCAGACCCCUGUGCUGUCUUGCUCUGGCCACCCCCUGGUAUCCAUGUGCUAGAAUGGCCUGUACUGGCUGCAGUGUUGGGGUGACUGGCACACGGCCCCUGAUGGGAGCUGCGUGUGUGUGUAUGUACGCAUGUAUGCCAAGAUUCGAACCAUGGAUGGGAGGAACAUGCUGUGUAUAUAAUAAUUAAGUUCAUGGUGUUGGUGGAGGAAGUGAUUUCGGGUGGAAGAGAGAGAAAGAGAAGGUUGCCUUCCUUUCUGAUACAGAGAAAGGUGUUUACAGCCUCUCCAGAUGUAUUAACACAUGUGCACUGAACACACUGCUUUAUUUUAAAAUCGUAAUUUGUGUUUCUAUUUGUAACAACAGAUGGUUGAAGGCAAUAAAAGAUUCUCAAAGUGG